AGAAUGAACAUCUUCAUUGUUCUGGCUUUGGCUGUGGCCACCGUAUCCGCUGGAGUCGUGCCUCAGGACAUUCCCGUACAUCCUCGUGAUAGGACCUUUGCUCCUUCUAUUAGUGGGCGCAUUACCAACGGUAAGAAUGCUGCCGAGAACCAGUUUCCCUAUCAAGUGGGACUAAGUUUCAGUGGCUCCGGAAGUUGGUGGUGCGGUGGCUCCAUCAUCGCCAACAACUAUGUUCUGACCGCCGCCCACUGCACAGACGGAGCCUCUUCUGUGACCAUCUACUAUGGAUCUACCGUGCGCACCAGUCCCAAGCUAACCCACUCCGUGUCCAGUUCCAACUUUGUCCAGCACGCCAACUAUGACGACGAAACCCUGAACAACGACAUAUCUCUGAUCAAGACUCCUACUGUGACUUUCUCGGCUUCCAUCAACAAGAUCACCAUGCCUGCCAUCGCCAGCAGCUACUCCACCUAUGUUGGCCAGACUGCUAUCGCCUCCGGAUGGGGUAGGACCUCCGACUCCGCCACAGCCGUAGCUAAGAAUCUGCAGUACGCUAACCUGCAGGUCAUUGCUAACUCCGUUUGCCAAACAUCUUAUGGAAGCAAGGUGGUAACCAACGGGGUCAUCUGUGUGGCUUCAGUCAACGAGGUGUCCACCUGCCAGGGCGAUUCCGGAGGCCCAUUGGCAUUGAACAGCAGACUCAUCGGAGUGACUUCUUUUGUUUCCUCCAAGGGAUGCGAAAAGAACGCCCCGGCAGGAUUCACCAGGGUCACCAGCUACUUGGACUGGAUUAAGUCAAAGUCUGGCAUUUCUGCCUAA